AUGACCAAAGCUUCUCAUGUGGCUAAGGAGGCCGCGUCAGUCUCCUCGGGCACCAACGACUGCUUAUCGCACUUCCUGGCAAUACCAGACAAUGACCAACACAUUGUAGACCAGGAAAACUCAUGUUUGCAGCAGUCUCCGGUCGUUUCUGCGUCCCCAGCAGCCUCGAAAUCAAGUUCCUCUGUUGGCCCGUCCUUUUGGCCUGCCAACGCUACGAUAGCGACGAGUAAAGGGCCCAGUACUAAGCCCAAGAAGAAGCGGCGACGAGACCGCAAUCGUCCAAUCCACGAGAUCCACCGCCUUCAAUUACAAGUGAAAGAAAUGGAGAAAAAACUCAAGACCUUGAAACCUGAAAAUUCGACGGAGUUGCACGCUCUGAAGGAGAAGAACAAGACUCUAAGGGAGAAAGUGAAGAAGAGCGUUGAAAACACGACAGCAGUAGCGCAAUUGCUACAGAUUCAAGCAGAUCAACUGCUACAGGCUCUGCCAAAGUCGCUCACAGUCUCGGGUGAUAAUUUAGUGUACGAUUUAGUGGAAGACGACGCGAUUUUUCAGGCUCUGGCAAGGACAGUGGACGAGCAUUAUCUGGGUAUGGAUAGAAUACUGCUAGAUGCUGGCGUGAAGGGAGCAACCACCGAAAUAUUUGACGCUCGAGUGUCCAGACCGACCUCUAUGACUGACUCGGAUUGCGUCUUAAAGACGAGAACUUGUGCUUUUCUACCGUACGCGAUGGAGUGUGUAGAGACGGCCAUGUGGCGUCGACUGGAGAGCGAGUCAGCUAUUCUACCGGAGACUGUACAGUCCAGCAAAGACCUGGGUCUGCCUCUUGGAAUUGCGUCAAAUUUGAUCGUCUCGAAGCGGGAAGUGCGUCUGGAUAACGUGUCGUUUACUAUUCGGUUGGCUCUGAAGGAAUUCGCAGAACCAGAUCGAUUAGUCUACGUCUGGGACGCUGUAGGCGAUUGGCCGCAGCCUAAUACUGCACUUCAUGUGUCCACUCGAGAGUACGGUUGGAGCUACUAUGAGCCGACAGACUCACCCGAUCUCAGUAUCCUUCGAAGUCUUGUGCUAGUGCGUUCGACCACUACACCGACGAUUGACAUGGAGAUUCUGGAGCGCGUGAUGCAGCUGUAUCGACAAACCAUCGAGGCAAGAUACCAAAAACUAGAGAAUACGCUAGUGGAUGCGUCGAUAUGCUCCAAGAAGGCCUCAUGCGUGGACGAUGGUUCAGUUGUGAAAGAUGUCUGCUGCAUUGGCGACGGCAAUACUUCCAAGUAA